AUGGGUAAUUGUGCCUCCGUCAUAAAUCAUUCCAAGUUUAAGAUUAAAAAAAAAGAAAAAAAAAACAGCAUAGAUGAUACACAUUCUCAGAAGAAUAAAUAUAGAGAUGCCAUAAAUAAAUAUGCACAAGAAAAUAAUUCAAGAGGAGAAUGUGAAAAUUAUUGUGAUGAAUAUUAUUCAAGACGAAGCAAUAAUACGAAUAUUAAAUUAAAUAGAGGAAUGAAAUAUUCUCAUAAUAAUAAUGGAUUAAAAAAGAACGACCAUUCCAAUUGUAAUAAUAGUAACAUUUCAUCUGAUGAAAAUGAGAAUAAUAUGAAUGAUGGUAUUUCCAUAAAUAAUAUAAAGCAAAAUAAUUUAGAUAAUGUAAAUAAUGUUGAUUAUGAUAACUUAUAUAUAAAAGAAAAAAAAGAAGAAAGUGCAUUUGAUAAAUGGAAGAAAAAAAAAAAAAAAAAAAAUUCUGACCAGUUCAGUGAGCUAGCUAAAAAUAAUACUAAUGAUCAUGUAAAUUAUAAAAAUGAAAAAAGGGAAUAUGACAAUAAUAAUAAUAUUAGUAGUAAUAAUAAUAUUUGUAAUAAUAAUACUAGUAAUAAUAAUAAUUGUAAUAAUAGUUCUAUUAUAUAUGACAAUAAUGUUUUUUCGGAUAAUUACAAAUAUUAUAAUAAUAAUUGUGAUCUUUGUAAUGGUCAGGAAAAAUGUGUGCAUAUGUUGAAGGGUUUAAAUUGCACACAUGAUGAAGAUGAUAAAACAAGAAAAUGUACAGAUGAAAAUAUAAAGAAAAAAUUAUUAAUAAAGAAUGAUGAGGAUAGUGUUGAGUAUAGUGUGGACGAUAUGAAUGAUGAAUAUGAAAAUAAUAAUAAUAUUAUAAAUAAUGGAAGUUAUAUUAUUAAUAAUGGAAGUCAUAUUAUUAAUAACGGAAGUCAUAUUAUUAAUAAUGGAAGUCAUAUUAUAAAUAAUGGAAGUCAUAUUAUUAAUAAUAAUAUUAUGCUUAAAAAAAAUAAACAUGAGAAUUUAUUAAGCAUUAAAUAUAGUAAUAUGAUAUUAAACGAUAUUAGAGAUGUUGAUAUAAUUGUAGUAUUUUUAUUUAGCUUAUUUUUAUAUUUUAACGCAAACAAUAUUGUUGAUAUGUUAGAUCGUAAUAAAAAGGAGAGAUAUUUUUUAAUAAAUUCGUUAAAUAUUAAUCAUGAUGUUAUAAAGUUUCCAACGUUUCCAAAAGAAAUAGUAGAAAGCUUUUUAAAAAAUGAUUUUAGUUUAUUAAAAAAAUAUAUAAAAAAUAAAUGUAAUAAAUUAAAAAAAAAGUAUAAAAAUGUGUAUUUAAAAAAGUAUCCAGAAAAUAAUAAAGAAGAGAAAAACUCCAAGAAAAAAAAUUUCAAAUAUGAAUUAAAGAAAAAGAAAAAAGAGAAAUGUUCUUUUUCAACAAUAGUUGAAUCAGUCGAACGUGAUGAAUUAAUUUAUAGAGAUAUAACCGAAAUAGAUUGUGAUAAAGAUUUACCAGAUUUGAAAAUAAAUUUUAUAGUUAUGGGUGCUUAUUGUUUUUAUCAAAAGGAUAUGAAACCAUUUCAAGAUAAGAAUACUUUUUUUUAUAAAUCUCCAUCAUAUAUAUGUGAUUCUGAAAUAUCUGUAGCUUGUAAAAAAGGGAAAAAAGUAGAUUUCCCAAAUCAAGAUGAUUUUACAAUAAUACAAACAAAUGAUUGGAUAUUAAUUAUGGUUUUUGAUGGACAUGGUCCAUCAGGUCAUGAUAUAAGUAAUUUUGUGCAUGUAGUGCUUCCAUUAUUAUUUUCUUAUAAUAUAGAAAAAAUUUAUGAAAAUCCAGUACGAACUAUGAAAACCUUAUUUUAUAUGAUAAAUUGUUAUUUGGUUAAUUAUUCAUAUUGUAUUAAUAAUAAUAUCAAUCCUAUUAAUAUUAAUUUUAUUGAUUAUAAUUUAAGUGGAACCACCUGUACCAUCAUUCUUUAUAAUUUUAUUACAAAAAAAAUUUAUUCAGCGCAUACAGGUGAUAGUAGAGCAGUCAUGGGAAAACAAAAUCCACAAACCAACAAAUUCUCAGCUUAUAAUAUAACAGAAGAUCAUAAGCCAUCUUUAAAAUUAGAAAAAGAUAGAAUUCUUGCGUUUGGAGGAGAAGUCAAAAAACUGCAUGGAGAUGUAGCUUAUAGAGUUUUUGUUAAAGAUGAAAUGUAUCCAGGACUAGCCAUGAGUAGAGCAAUCGGUGAUAUAACUUCUUCUUUUAUAGGAGUUACAUGUGAACCUACCAUAAAAAUUUUAGAUAAAUUGGAAGAAGACAAGUUUAUAAUUGUAGCUACAGAUGGAAUUUGGGAAUUCAUAAGUAGCGAGGAGUGUGUGCAGAUGGUUUCCAAAAAAAAAAAAAAAAAAGUUCACAUUGCUAUGGAUGACCUUGGUAAUUUUAUAUUUUUAACGUAA